AUGAAAGACAAAAUCGAAAACACCUCCCCCACCCCUCCAAGGAUAAUCGACGCCCUAGAAGAAGAAAAGCGGUUCCUGACCAUGUCAAUCACAGAUUACCUGAAGGACUAUCAGGACCUACUGCAGGUGAAAGCAGGCCUCAUCCUUGAAAUUGAAACCUACAGAGCUCUGUUAGAAGGGGAGAGCAACCAGUGGAUUAUUACAUGGAGAGAUCAGUAUGCAGGGAAAUUGCCUCAAGAUAUUAUAAACACUUCGUAUAACUACACUGAUAUUUACUCUACUUAUCAAGAAAGAAAUAGAAAUAAAGCUUCACCAGCUACCAGGAUCACUGAUACAAGACAUAGAAUGCCAGUGACAAAUACUAGCAGUGACAAAUACUCUGCACGUUAUUCAGCUCAGUCAACGUGGGCUGGAUCACAGACAACAGCUAGUGGAAGAGCUUUUGGAAGAGAUGUACUUGAUUCAAUAUAUCGCCCUUCAAUGACUGUUACAAAGGAUGAAAAGAUUGUAACAGACCACAAAGAAUUAAGAACAUUUGCUCCAGCCUACAGUAGCUGGAAAAACAGUGAAAUCCAUCAAAAGACAAUUCCAGAAAGAAAGAAAACAGAAGUUACGAGUUCAUCCACAGUAUCUUUUUCAAAAGAAUCAGCACAUGCUGAAAGAUCAGACAAGGACCACAAACCUGACACAAAGCCAGGGAUUUCUGAAAAUAUAAGAACAAAACCAAGCUUCACUAGGUUUCCGAUUUAUGAGCUGAACACCAAUUUUAGACCAUCUAAAUAUGAAGAAACCAUAACUGAAACUCGGACCACACUAAAAGAAAAAAGGGGAGGCAGCAAGCCAACUGAAGAGGAAAAAUCUCUGCUGAAAGAAAGAGAUAAGCUCGAGAAACAAACAAAGGAGGAUAAAAAGAAAACAGAUGAGAAACCUUUUAUAGAAGAAAGAAGUGUUGAUUUGGGAAGGAAGACUGAGCAGAAAAAAUAUAUCCAUGAGGAAGUCAUUAACCAGAAGUUAACGGGGAGUGAUAUGUCUAAUGAACGAACUUUGAAAAGCGAAUCAACCAAAAAAGGUACAAAUGUGACCAUGGGAUCGAGAAGCAAAGAAGUCAUUGAGAUACCUAUCAGUAUUGAAAAGCCUGCUCCCAACAAAGAAUCUCAGAGUAGUAAAGAAAUAAGGUUACAAGGUAUUAAAACUUCCAUAGGAAGAGGAACAGAUGAUCAUGUAACUAAGCCUGCUGAAUUUCACCAAGUGAGUAUUUCAGAAGCAGAAUCCAGUCUGAAAGAUGAAGAGCGAACUAGUGACAGAAGUAAUCGAAUGGGAACUCUGUCGACUGAAAAUAUAGCAGAGAAUAUUGUUGCGGACAUUCUUAAAAGUUUCACACAGUCUUCUAGUUCACAAAUAUCAACAGACACAAAAGUGACCUAUUUUAACAAGAAAGAGCAACCAGAUGAUGGGAAAAUAAAGACUGAGAUCACAGUGCAAUCUCAAGUUCAAGAAAACAUAGAUAUUUCUGAUGAACCUGAUGUUGGAGGUCUGUCAAACCAGGAUGUUAGAAAAGUGGUUCGAGAGGGAGUUGAGGGAACUCCUUCCAAAGAGGAGAUAGAAGAUAUAGUACAUCAUGGCCUGAAAGGAAAUGAGGGCAGAAAGAACAUGUCUGUUAAUGUUGAGAUUGUAGAGGAGCCACUAGAUUAUGCCACUGAUGAAAGGACUGAUUUUUCAACACCUUUUGAGGUAGAGGAAGUGGAAGACACGUUCCCUGAGAGAGACAGACGUUACGGUGAUGAGGAGGAAGUAAACGUAACGUUCACAUAUGAAGAUGUUAAAAAGAAGAAACAACGCCAUGAGGGUUUCACUCGUGUGGAAGAAGUAACUGAAGAAGAUGACUCUCCUAUUGAACAAAAAUAUUUUGUGUCUGUUCCUGAUGAUCAUCCUGUUAUUAAUGAAAAAGACGAUGACUCAGUGUACGGGCAAAUUCAUAUAGAAGAAGAAUCAACUAUUAAAUAUUCUUGGCAAGAUGAAUUUUUGCAAGGCACACAAAGUAAGAGAGAUGAAGGUGCAAGCUCUCCAGAAGAAACAUAUCAAGUGGUAGGGGAGGAGGCCAGUGCGCAUAUUUUAAAAGAGCAUCCUGAAGCUGAAACAUCCCAUGUUGAAUCUGUUGUUAUUGAAAAAGAAAUUAAAAUUCCCCAUGAAUUUCAGACUUCAAUAAAAGGGCUUUUAUCAAAGGAAACAAAGGACCCCAAACAUCAAUUGAAGGAAGCUUUGGAGCAGCUGGAGGGCAGUCUCCCGGAAAGUGUGAAAGAGGAGCUGUCUGCAUUAACGAAAGAAAAUCAAGCUGACUCUAGUAGCUUAGAAUUUGAUAUCAAAAAAGUUGAUCAAACGGGGGAGGGUGGCUUGGUGACAAUUGUUGCUGAAGUCAAUCUGUCACAGACCCUUAAUACUGAUGAAUUCGAUGUAGCUCAGCUUGGUGAAGUAAUCACAAGUGAGAAGGAGAGGGCAACGUUGCACUCCCUGAAGAAGGAGAGCUUGGGAAGAGUUGUUGAUGGUAGAAGCAAUAUAGGAGGAGAUGUUUCUUCCCACAGUGAUAAAUACACUCCUUUGGCUGAUCAAGAAAUCUAUAACUCGUCCACAGUGAGGAGGAGUGGUGGCGCAGGGUAUUAUACCACUGAAAAAGUUAUUUAUGAUGGUUCCGUUUUGGAAACUGCAGAUUUUGGAGAAGUCUCUCACUCGCCACAAUCAACGGAUGAGGCCAAAUCCAUAAGGCAUAUUAAGGUUGGUCCAGCAGAAGUUCAGAGAUUUGAGCAGGUCGUACAUGAAGGACCUGGUUCUGAAAUGCUGGAGCUCAGUGCUACAGAAGAUCUUGUUCAGAGAGAAGGAUCGUCAGAGUUUAGCCGAUCUGUGAAGCAUUUUAAACUGGGUCCUAAAGAAAUCCAGAGCACAGAAGAAGUAAUUUAUACAGGCCCUAUUACUACAACUGUAGAAGAGAUUGAUUCUGGAAAUCUUUCCCAGAAGUUUUCAACAGACUUCAACAGGUCCACAAGACACGUCACAGUAGGAUCAAGGCAAGUAACUGAAGAAGUCUCUUUUGAAGGGCCUGUUUCAGACUCUAUGAAGCUCAAUAGCUCAGGUAACCUUUCACAGACAGAAGGGUCUGUGGAUGUCAGCAGAUCAAUAAGGCACUUCAGAUUAGGUCCCAAAGAGAUUCAUACCGAGCAAGUUAUCUUUGAAGGACCGAUCUCUGGUAAAGUGGAGAUCAGUGACGCUAGAGGCUUCUCACAGACAGAAAGUUCAGUCAGACGCGUUCAGUUGGGUCCUCAAGAGUUUAUGACAGCUGAAAAAAUCAUCUACCAGGGGCCUGUCUCUGAACACACAGAAAUCAGUGAACUGGAAGACCAGACUCUUUCAGAAGGCUCAAUAAAGCAUGUUAGACUAGGUCAAGUGGGAGUUAAAACCACUGAACAAAUCAUAUAUCAAGGCUCCCUUUCUGAAACUCCAGAGCUCAUUAACAAAGAAGGACAUCUUUCAGAGAAUGCAGGAAGCUCAAAUAUCAAUAGAUCUUUCAGGCAUGUUAAAAUAAGUCCUGUGGAAACUCAUGCUGAGCAAAUAAUCUUUACAAGACCUAUUUCUGAAACGCUGGAAGAUCUUUCACAAACAGAAGAGUCAUCUGAGAGCAGUAGGUCUGUAAAGCAUAUUAAAGUAGGAUCUAAGGAAACAUCUUUUACUUUUCAAAUGGAUGUUUCCAACAUGGGUGGAAUAUCUACAGUAAACAGUGGAGAACAAGCAACAAUGCUCGUAUCCAAUAACGAAGACCCUUCUGUUAGUCAGUCACAGAUUGUAGAAAAUGAAAAUAAAAGAGGAAGCUAUGUUCUCUCCAGUUUUUCUCAAGAUCGUGGUGAAAAGGUAGUGGAAAAGUCACUUUUUGAUAAAACUGUACAGUUGCAAAGAAUGGUAGACCAAAGGUCAGUUAUUUCUGAUGAAAAGAAAGUCGCUCUUCUCUAUCUGGACCAUGAGGAGGAAGAAGAUGAUGAUAAUGAUGGACAGUGGUUCUGA